GAUUAUCAGAUAAUAUAUAAAAUAGGUACAUACAUAUUCUAUAGAAAUGCGUUGCUAUUGAUUUGGAUGUUUACAGGUAACAUAGUUACAUCACACUCUUGUUUUACAUUGUACUUACAGCAUAGUGUAUUAUUUCAAAUUUUGAGCUCGUCUUAGAAAAAUCUGUAUUUAUAUUUUCGUAAUUGGAUAUAAACAGAGAAGAACUUAUUGCGCAAUGGUGCCCAGGCAUAUAAAAGAGGAGGCACAUUACUACUUGGAGAAGGUCAAAAGUGAAUCAUCUAAUGGAAUGUCAUCUAAUGAAUUUUUGGAUAAUUUGAUGUAUUUAAAUCAAUCAUCCAUCAAACAGAAUAAGGAAGUAUUUUCAUAUCUCAUGAACAAGUUGCUAGACGAGCGAACAUAUUACGUAGGAUAUUCUCGUUAUAUCCUUAUGAAAUAUGCUAAUAUUUAUGGUGGUAUCAUUGAAUAUGGACUCAUUCCCAAUCCCAAGGCAUUAAGUAAAGCAUUGAAUUUCGUCCUGGUCUGCUUGAGUAGUAGACCACAAUCAAAAUUGUUCGAUUUCGGAAUAAGAGCACUGAACCGGUUCCACAAUAACUUGAAAAAUCGCGGAGAAUUUUUCAAAAAUGUAGCAGCCAUUGCGCAUUUCGGAAAAUUCCCCUCGAAUUUAAUAUCGUCUAUUGCGGAAUACCGGGAAUGUACGACGGAACACGUAAAAGAAGUUACCAAUAGCCAACAGUCACCCGUGAUCUGCACCCCGACGACAACGUUGGACCCAGACACGAGGUCGGUCGAUCAAGUAAAAUGUGAUUUUGAAAAGCUUGACCGGACUGCAAUCGGAAAAGAUAGGAUUAGGUCUAUCAUUAACAAUUUGUAUGUGAACAAAAUACGUGAAAAGAGCGACGAGAUCAAAGCCAUAAUGGGGGAAGAACUCGUUCAGUGGUUCGCGGCUUAUUUGGUCGAACAGCGUAUACAGUUCGAAUUCAAUUUACAGUCAUUGUACUUGGACCUGCUGGACCAAAUUGGCAACGAGCAACUGAACGCCCUUAUCAUGGCAAAAACGACGGAGAACAUCCGAUUGCUGUUGGAUAACAACACUUAUAAUAAUAAAGCUUUGCUCAAAAACCUUGGCCAUUGGUUGGGUCUUAUAACGUUGGCAAAAAAUAAGCCUUUACCUUUUGACAAAGGUUAUCUAAAAUCAAUAAUCGUAGAAGCGUCUGGAGUAGAAGAAUUGAUGUAUACUGUUCCAUUUGUCGCUAAAGUACUUGUGUCCUGUGCCAAAAGCCAAGCUUUUGCACCGAAAAGUCCGUGGACGUUGAGUAUUUUGAAAACCCUUGCGGAUGUUCAUAAACUACCGAACAUAAAGUUAAAUUUGAUGUUUGAAGUAGAAGUACUUUGUAAAUCAUUGAACAUUCAUCUUGAGAGACUUCAAAAUUGAAUAUGAUUUUUCAACGUUUCACGUGUGUUAACGGCAUUUUUAAGUCCGUAUAAAUCUAUUAUUAAAAUAU